AUGGCUUCAUUCUUACUUGGCUUUCUAGCCAUCUUUGCGACUUCUUGGAUGGUCCAAGCAAGUGAUCCGGAUAUUUUGUCCGACUUCAUAGUCCCACCGAAUGUCAAUGGACCAGAUGGAAAUUUCUUUACAUUCACUGGCCUGCGUGGAGUUUUCGAUUCAACCCCACCAAAUUUCAAGGUAACAAAAGCUAGCAAGGUCGAAUUCCCUGCCCUGGAUGGCCAGAGUGUUUCAAUGGCGUUAUUGCAGUACCCUGCUGGUGGAGUUAAUCCCCCUCACACGCAUCCACGUGCUGCAGAACUCUUGUUUGUUGUAGAAGGCUCUCUUGAGGUUGGAUUUGUUGACACGACUAACAAACUCUUCACUCAAACCCUCCAAACCGGGGAUAUUUUCGUGUUUCCAAAGGGACUAGUGCACUAUCAGUACAAUGCUGAUCCCAAAGAACUUGCCAUCGCGGUUUCUGCAUUUGGUAGUGCUAAUGCUGGCACAGCUUCACUUCCUACAACUUUGUUUGNGUUUGUUGUAGAAGGCUCUCUCGAGGUUGGAUUUGUUGACACGACUAACAAACUCUUCACUCAAACCCUCCAAACCGGGGAUAUUUUCGUGUUUCCAAAGGGACUAGUGCACUAUCAGUACAAUGCUGAUCCCAAAGAACUUGCCAUCGCGGUUUCUGCAUUUGGUAGUGCUAAUGCUGGCACAGCUUCACUUCCUACAACUUUGUUUGCCACUGGUGUGGAUGACACGGUUCUUGCCAAGUCCUUUAAAACUGAUGUCGCUACCAUCCAGAAGCUCAAGGCAGGUCUUGCAUUCAAGGCCUAG